GCGCGGGGACGGGACGGGACGGGACGGGACCGGACCAUGGGCAACAGGGUGACGCGGGGGGACUUCGAGUGGGUCUACACGGAGCAGCCCCACACGCAGCGGCGACGGGACAUCCUGGCGAAGUAUCCAGCAAUCAAGUCUCUAAUGGGACCAGAUCCCCAUUUAAAAUGGAUUGUUUUUGGAAUGGUUUUCUCACAGCUGCUAGCCUGUUACUUGGUGAAGGAUUUAUCAUGGAAAUGGAUUUUCUUUUGGGCUUAUGCUUUUGGGGGUUGUGUCAACCACUCGUUGACCCUCGCAAUCCAUGAUAUUUCACACAAUGUUGCCUUUGGAAACAAGCAGGCUAAAUGGAAUAGAUGGUUUGCUGUCUUUGCCAACCUGCCAAUUGGAGUUCCUUAUUCUGCUUCGUUCAAGAAAUACCACAUUGACCAUCAUCGAUACCUUGGUGGAGAUGCAUUGGAUGUGGAUAUUCCGACAGACUUUGAAGGCUGGUUCUUUUGUACUCCGUUUCGGAAACUAAUCUGGCUUGCCCUCCAACCAUUGUUUUAUAGCCUGAGACCGCUCUAUGUGAACCCCAAAGCAAUCACUCACAUGGAAAUAUGUAAUGCUCUGGUACAGUUUACUCUAGAUUUCAUAAUAUAUUUCCUUUGGGGAUUGAAGCCUGUUAUUUAUUUAAUAGCGGGCUCAUUACUGGGCAUGGGCAUACAUCCAAUUUCUGGACACUUCAUUGCAGAACACUACAUGUUCCUAAAAGGGUAUGAAACUUAUUCAUAUUAUGGACCUUUGAACUGGAUCACCUUUAAUGUUGGCUACCACAUGGAGCAUCACGAUUUCCCCAGCAUUCCUGGAUGCAAGCUGCCAAUGGUGAAGAAGAUCGCAGCAGAAUAUUAUGACAACCUUCCUCAGCACCAGUCUUGGGUUCGAGUUCUCUGGGAUUUCAUUUUUGAUGACACAAUUGGCCCUUACUCAAGAGUUAAGAGAAUAUGUAAACUAGCAAGAGAAAACCUAUAGAUUUGUGUCAUUUGCUUUUAUUAAUAUAAAUAAUUUGCUCCUAAUUUCCCAAACUGAGUUUUCAGAGACUGCUGAAAAGAGCUGAAGUAACAUUCUUAUGCCUUCAGGUUUUAUAUAGGCAAAGAAAUGUUGUUAUGAAGCAACCAAAGGCAUUAAUUUUAGAGUAAUGUAGCUUUUAUUGAAGGAUUUGUGUGUGUGUGUGUUUAUCCUGACAGCACGUUACAUAUGCAUGUAUUCCUGAAUGCAGGGGUGACUGGUGCCUCCUGAGUCUGGGGUGGGGGGGGAUGGGGACAAUUUGUGGGCGGGCCAAAAGCCCCAUAUCCACUCCUAUACUUCUGUGCUGCAGCUUGGUGCUUUCCACCCCCCCAACACGCCACUGGCCUACGUGGCAAAAAAGUUGCUCCAUCCUGCAUGGUACCAAGUUGAGGGCCAAUCUCAGGGGGGGCAUGUGCCCCCCUGUGCCUCCCCUACCAGUCGCCUGUGCCUGACCACCCCUGUCAUCUGGGAACUUGUUAGGUCACAAUCAAAAAACAAACAAAACCCCCAAUGAAGCAAAAAAACAAAGAAAAACCCAAGAAAAUACAUAUCCCUUAAUUUAAGGUCCUGAAUUUUUUUAUGAGAUUCAGGUGAGGCCUGUUUUAUAAAGCAGAAUGCUGCAGAUUUUGGAGAACUGGAGAAAUUUUCUUCAAACAGGUAUUUGGCAUACUAUUAUUGCAAGCAAACAGGAGUUUGCCCUUGAAUGCAUGCCAAAGUCCCUGCUUUCUUGGCUGUAUCCUUGCAGUACUCUUCCAGCCAAAAUUUCUUGUUUCUGGUUUCUGCAGCUGGGUGGACAGCUGCACUCCUGUCACGUACCAUAUGUAGGAGAAUGUGAGGGAAUGACCCCAAAAUGAAAGUGAAAGUAGGUGAUAUAACUGUAGAGCCCACAGCAGCGCAUGAUAAACAAAACAGCAAAAAUCUGUUCCUUCUAGGUUCUGGUUUGAAAGUGAGCACUGGAUUUCCAUGUUCAUGGUCAGUGAUACAAGAUCAGCUUCUUCAUAUUGAAGGAAAGAAAUCUUCCAAGCAACUUCCCUGCAAAGCUUUAAUCUGAGUGCUGCUAAAUGAGCCAGCAAACAAUUCAGCUCAUUCGAUUUAGUUCUGCAGGGCUAAUAGGAGAAACUAGAAGAACAUUUAUCAUAGGCCAUAGAUAUUCUCUAAGACCUAGAAGACAGUCAGGCUGCACAGCUUUUGGAAAAGAAGGUAUCUUUUUGGUUUAUGCUGCAGAGCAGAACCAUGUUACAAGGCUCAGCUUUUCUAGACCUAGUGGAAGUGAAGAAUGGUGGUACUAGAAGAGCAUAUACUGGAAACUAAUGGUUUAGUAUAUCUGAGACACAGCGGUUUCUAAAUCUUGCAUGAAUACUGACCACCUUAAGGGUCACUGAAGAACUUACUUGGGUCCUGAUGUAAGCUUUGCAGAAGCAGUACAGGCUAUACAGUGUUUUACACUGUUGUGUAACUAGAGAUUGUCUUUGUCAGCAAGGAUUAAGCAGAGGAAUCGAUCGAUCCGUCAGUAUGUUGAGUGUCUGUCAGCUAUUUUGAAUCGCUGCCCCUUGUCUUCUCCAACAUUCCUUCUGCUUUUGUAUGCAAGGAAAAGUCUUUUCAAGGCAGUUCUAGAAGCCUGGCUCCAGUUAUUUAACAGUAUGUGUUCAACUGAGUUGAUGCUUGUGUCAAACUCUUAGACCAACUUGGAUCUAAAUGUGGGCCAUCGUAAUUCUUUGAACAGAACUAAAUGUACAGUAUAACCAGCUUGGUGCAGUUCUUACUCCAGCAAGUUGUGUUUGAGAGCUGGGUAAAAAUGGACUUUAGUAAGAGGUAAAAGGUGGGAGUGGGGCUAUUUGUGCUGAAACCCCAAGAAAAUUUUAAGAUGAACUGCAAGGCAGGCACUGUCUGCUCUAGUUGAUUAGGCAGUUCUUCCCAGGUUGUACCACUGGCCAGCUUUUGCUUCCUUUCUGGAAAAAGCCUGUUUACUGCUAUUCCAAAUGGUAUUUUUUAGCCAGACAGGCUCUUUAAACUUGGAAAGUCGCACUGGACUGCAUGCCUAAAACAGAAGGGCUACACGCAAUUUUUUGCAAGCUGGCUGCAGGAAGCACUGCAGCAAUAGUAACUGGUCCUGGAGAAUGUUUGACAGAUUUAAUAACCAAGUUCAAACAGUUGUCUUUCAACAGAAAGUUAUCAAUGGUAGGAGAUGAUAUCAGAUUCUGCUCUUGUAAAGCUUAGGCUGAACUAAAUCAAGUGGAAACUCAAGAUUGUGGUUGAAUUGUGGAAGAAUGGUCCUUUAUUUGUACAAAGUAUGACUGGGUGUGCACUUUUGGACUUCAGCCACAGCUCUGAGAAUCAAAGGCAAGUGCCCUGCAUUAGUGUUCCUGCAGGCUGUAUUGUGGUAAUAUGAGCCUUAAAGUCCUAUUUCAAUUUGUGUGUUUAAAAAAAGACCCCAACCCUGAGCCUGUACCAAUGGCAGUGACAGGUUAGCAGUACCAGGGAAUUUAGAAGAGUGUCAACAUGUAUGACUGUUGACAAAACUGUUUUACAGUUGCCAAAUAGCCUAGUGCUGAACAGGCCACAGCACUUGAGAUUUCAUAAACUAAUGUUGGGGAGUGAAAGGGGAAGUCCCGCAGGGAGGAACUGUGAGGGCAAGCAGGAAUGAAUGAAUUGCAAGACUAAGACUGAGGUGGACUUAUGGGAGGGGCGGGCAAUUAUUUUGGGCAGAAGGCUGCUUACCCAGUUUUGGCAGGCUGUUGAGGGCUGCAUGGGUAGUCCCGCCCCUUGACAAGUACCCCGCCCCCUGGUCACCAUCUCGGGACCAAUGUCCCAGGGCCAGCACCAGUGGGGCCCAGAGCAGGGCGCGGGCUGGCAGGGGUCUGUGGAGCCGGGCUGGGCUGCACCAGCAGGGAGAGGGGGGAGCUGGCCCGGCUCCAUAGAGCCCCUGCUGCCUGGGACCCUGUGCUCCUGCCAUCCUGCUCUGGGCCCCGCUGAUGCUAGCCCUGGGACAGUGGUGCGGGCUCCAUGCUCCCGCUGGCUCCCUGCCCACUCACUCCCAGUGCCCCCAGCCCCAUGGUGCAGGCGUGGGGCAGUGCACAGCCCCGAGCCCCUGCUCGCUGGCAGGGAAGGAGCUGGUGCUGAGCGCAGGGAAAAGCAGCCCCUCACCUGCCCCAUGGCUGGUGCUCCCUGCUGCAGUUGCUCGCAGGCCCUGCAGAGCUGUCUGGAGGCGGCACAGGCAGCCCCACAUGGGCUGCGAGCGGCUGCAGUGCAGGGUGCCGGCCAUGGGGCGGGCAAGGGACCGCUUUCUCUUCCCUGGGCCACCUGUCCCCAGGCUCCUUCCCUGCCCGGGGUCCCCCCCGCCCUUCCCCCUUACCUGCGGUUUUGGCGCAGGGCAGCCACGUGGUCCCAGGCCAGAAGCUCUGGCUGGGGCUUCUGGCUGCGGGGGCGGGGCUGGGUGGGCCCUGCUGUUGUGGGAGCCUGCCGGGCUUCCCCUGGGUCCUACUGCCCUACUGGUUCCUGUCAUUUGACAGGAACCAAGGGCAGAGAAAUAUUAAUUUUCUAAAUUUUUAGGGGCCCCGCAGGCCGGAUAGAAUGGCCUCACGGGCUGGCUUCAGCCUGCAGGCCGUAUUUUGCCUAUCCAUGACUUAUGGUGUCUAAGAGGAGCAGCAGGCUGAAACAGGGCAGUGCAGUUCGAAAACUGUUGUACAAUCUCUGUAUUCUGACCAGGUGAAGUUGCUAAGGCUACUAAGGACUCCGAGUGGAGACUGGUAGGCAGUAUUUCUAGAUGGCUGCUUGUGCCUGGGCAGAGUAAGAAAGUGGUGAGGAGACAGGCGAGGCUGGCAAGUCUUGAAGCCUCCCUUGUGGACCUGCUGCAGAGCUGCUAGAGAGCUAGUGUUCAGAGAGGGACAAGAUAUAAGCUGCCUGCUCUGUGAACCUGAAGCACUUGGUGUAGUUGUAUUCCAAGGACAGGCUAAUGCAGUAUUGAUGUGCCUUGUCUGAUCCUUAUAUUAAAAAUAAAUGUGACUUUUUUUUUUUUUUUUUUGGUAGUCAAGAGGCACCUUCACUGUUGUGUUCAGUGGUGCCAAGGGAAAACCUACUGGAGUGACACAGGAGACUAAAAGUACAAAGCUGCAGAGGCUAAUAAACAAAACCAGCAGAGGGCCGUGUGGACGAUAAACAGUUUAUUACCAAUAUGAACACAGAUACUGUGGUGCACUGACGUACCGGUUUAAUAUUGUGAUAACUGAGACAAAAA